AGAGUGACUUUAGGGACUUCUUUAGUUGUGAAUAAUUGUGAUUUCUUGUCCCAGCUGAGAAGGUGAACAUGCGCGGCGUGGCCAACCUGACUCAGAUUCUGGACAACUGGAGGUUCGACAUCCUGAGCCAGAUGAGAGGGCUCCUGCAGAAUGACCACCAGUCUCUGCUGCCCGACUACGCCAGGAUCCAGCCGCUGUCUGAGGCUUUAGAUGACCUCUAUAAGGAGUUCAACGCCCUCAAAGCUCAUCUGGGCGACCUGACCGAGAAGUUCUCCGCCAUAGAAACUUUCAUUGACGAGUUCAAGGCCAACAACGCCAACGCCGGCCCGGCCCCCGUCCCAGCCGCGCCCCCCGUCCCCAGGCAGGCUGGGAGGAGGCUAGUGAAGAAGAAGGCCACCGCGUCCUAAGAUCUGCUCCUUCUUUCCUCAUGUUUCCUCUUCUUCUCAGGCUGUUUAUAUCUCUGUUUGCCUUAUCUGACAGUGCUAAAGCUAAUCCUCUAUUCUUGUACCAAGACUCUCCCAAUAUAAAACACAAAAACCUAAAAUUUAAAUAUGUAACACAGUUUAAUAUCACAAAUCUAAAAUCUACGGCA